UGAUGAUUUGGCUAUACCGGACAGCAUUGAGUUGUCACGAAUCAUGGUGAUAGUAGAUGGUUGUGCUUAUCAUAUAUUUCGGUCCUAGAGAAAAUUACUCGGAUAGCCAUUAUCGUAAACACCCUGUGAUUAGUUGAUUUCUUAAAACCUUAAGGCCGCCGUACAGACUUUUGCAUAACGCAUAACGUAUGGACAUAAGCAAAUCGAUUGGCCCAUAAGCAAAGUGCAUAAGAAAUUCAACCAAUUGACCAUUUAUGUAAUGCGUUAUGCAAGUCUGUGCGGCGGCCUUUUGAUUAGAGUACGAACAGGCCUUUUGCAAUAAUAAUGUAUAACCUCUAUCGGAUUAUUGAAAACUAAAAAGCGUUACGAGUUACGAGUGCGAGAAAAACAAGUUGUCGAAACAUUGUGCAAUAUUUGUAUUGUGCAAUAAUUAAACUAUGAUAUAAUAUGAAUACCAAAAAGGAAAAAACUAUAUCAAAAAGCAUUGUUUGGAACUAUUUUAUAAAAAAAAUAAUACAUCUUCUCAAUGUAAAUUAUGUACAAAAGUUCUUAAACAUGGAAAUACAACCUGGAAAGCUGGAAAUACAACCAAUCUAAUGCAACAUUUGGAAAGGAAACAUACGUUGCAUUUGCAUCCAAAAAAAUGCAAUGUUUCUUCAACAAUCAAUAAAGAAAAUAUUGAUAAUAAUAAUACGCUUAUAAAUAAUGAACAAUCUACAACUAAUAACAUUGCAAAUGAUAAUGAAGAUAUAGAUAUGGAUGUAGAUGAUCCCAAUGUGCCUAGUUGUUCAUAUAAUACUAACAAUAAGUCUAACGUACUUAAACCUAAGAUAAAACAGCAAAAGACUGGAAAUAUAGAAAAUGCCUUUCAACAAAUUAAUUCUUUCAAAGAAGGAGGUACGCAAUGUAACUAAUGCAAUCGCAUUCAUGAUCGCCAAAGAUAAUCUUCCCUUUUUAAUAGUGGAAAAUGAAGGAUUUAAACAGUUAAUGAAGACAGCAGUGCCUUUAUAUGUAUAUUAAUAAUUAUUUAUGUUAACUAUGUUACUUAGUAUAUUUAUUAUUAUUUUUCUUUAUAUAUAUAUAUGAUACUUAUUUGUUUAUAUUUAUUUUAU